AUGCGAAUAUCAAGAAUCUUCAUUAUAUUUAUUGUGGUUUUCAUUCAUGGUUAUCAAGCGGAGGAUUGUGGAAAUGGUGAAUCCUGUGAUGUUGGUAAUACAUUCCUACAUUCAACAUAUUGCUGUAAAGAUUCUUCUGAUAAACCGGCAUGUUGUAAAGAAUUCCGUUGGUGGCCACUUACUGUUACAAUAUGUGCUUCUGUCUUGGUACUCAUUAUAAUCCUCAUCUGUUCAUGUUGUUACGGUCUCUUUAGUUGUGUAAUUGAUAUUUUAUGCUGUUGUAGACGUUAG